AUGUCACGGUGCAUUCGGGCACGACAGGCUUUGGUGGCUCGUCCAAAGCCAGAGAAGGUUGGGCGAGGCCAUGAUGACAGCGUCGACGUCUACAACAUGAUGUUCGGAGGUUGGAACCAGCCAAGGGCAGGACGGAUUAAAGAUGCAAACGCUGAUUCGGUCGUGCAGAACCGAGUCACAACAACGUCAUUGGCGCCAACGCGGGCGAUGGGGGACCGUGAUAUGUGCAACCUGCAGAUGUUAACAGACUUGGCUAUAUGA